AUGGGUCCCUUGAGCGUCUUGGCACGCAACCGCAGAAGAGCGCAACAGGGAGAAAGCGAACCUUUAUUGAAUGGCGAGGCUUCUUCGCAAAGGUACAGGGAUUCUUUGGACACUAGAGGCAUUGUACCGCCUGCGGGGCAAGCUUCUGAGGAUCACGCAAGCUCGGCUCCGACUUGGCAGAACGAGGCUACGGCAGCUCUUUCGAGCGAUGAAGCGACGAGGAUUUUGCUGGCUAGAAAGGAACAUCAACUGCAGAAAAGGACCAGGAACAGGAGACUGUACCAGGACAUUCUGGUAGUCUUUGGUAUCUUGCCGCUUGGCAUUGCCCUGAUCGUGCUCGGCACAAUGGAUCUUGCCCAUGGUGGUUGGUAA